CUUUCAUUUAGUCUUGACGUGGAAAUAAAGAAGACAGAAUGACAGGAGAGAUAAUACUGUUUUCACUAGCGUUCUUAUUUGAUGCAAAUGCCGCGAAUCUGGGACUGUCGGCGCUUGAGAAUAUUCAAGACAUAAUUCUUGAGGGAAAAUUCACUGGUUCGCUGCUUCUACCUUUGACGAUUAAAGAGGAACGUGCAGCACCCGUUCGAGAGGUGAUUUUAAAUCCCGAGGAGGACAUCACUUUCAAUCUGUUUACGAGAUCUAAUCCGAAGAAAGGACAUCAGCUGACUGUUGGAGAUCUUAUAGGUCUUGAGGCAUCGACUUUUAGGGAGGAUAGACCCCUCAAGGUUCUCGUCCAUGGCUGGACCGACAAGGGUACCUCCCAGUGGAUGACCACCAUUCGGGACAAUUAUUUAUUCCAAGAGAAUUGCAAUGUUGUUUUAGUUAACUGGUUUCCCACUUCGAUUAAAGAGUACUCUGUCGCUGCCAAAUUGACGGAACAGAUAGGUGGAUACGUCGGGGAAUUUCUGCAUUUUCUGAGUACCUCGGUCAAUAUUUCAUUAGCUAAUGUUCACAUACUGGGGCACAGCCUAGGCGCUCACAUAGCUGGUUUCGCGGGCUCAAAUUUAUCUGGCACCGUCGGGCGAAUCACGGGGAUGGAUCCAGCCCGACCAGGUUUCGAAUCACCAAUUUUCAAAGAUCAGAAUGCCAGAUUGGACCCAUCAGACGCCGUAUUUGUUGAUGUCAUCCACACUUGUGCUGGUACCUUGGGAUUUAUCAGAGCAAUUGGUCAUGCGGAUUUUUACCCCAAUGGAGGGACUUUUCGUCAGCCUGGAUGUGCCUCAAUAGUCUCUCAGUACUGUAGCCAUGGGAGAUCUCACCAGUUCAUGGCUGAAUCAAUCGUCUCUUCGUUGGCUUUUCUAGCGGUCAAGUGCGGCAGUUGGGCGGAAUAUAGAGCAGGGAAGUGUGAAAAUUCUACAGCUGUCAUGGGGGAAAAGGUCAGUUCUCAGACCCGAGGACUGUUUUUUUUGGAGACUAAUAGCAAGUCGCCGUAUGGCAAAGGGGAUUUCAAUUCUAUAUUCUGAAUUUGGAAUGUGUCACUCUUCAGAUAGCAUCCUUUAAUAAAAGCCAGCGGAUGCCAUGAGGUGUGGAAUUUUCUCGAUUAUGUUAUUCUUCUGGAAUAAAAUAAGGAUCUCUUCCAGAAUCACUGUCACUUUAUCGUAGACAAGAAGAAAUGAGGACAAGAAAUGAAAUAAAUAAAAUUAAAUCAAACUUA